AUGGUCCAGGUUUUCGGUCGCGGGGAAAAACCUGUUAAAGCGACUGCUGGCUCAAAAGUGUUGAUUGCCCCGCUGGAGAAGCUGGGUUUCCGGGGCGUGGUUCGGCGGCGGUUUGGGCGGAGCGCUGGGCGGCCUGGGUGCCAGCCUGGGCGCCGCGCUGUCCAUGAGCACCGGCGACCGAGGCAGCGUGGGCGUGGGCGGCGCCGUGGGCCUGAGGGACGCCACCGUGACCUCGGGCGUGGGCGUGGGGCUCGGCGACGUGCGGCUAGGGCGCGAGAAGGAGGCGGCCUGGAGCUGGUGAAGCCGUCGCUCGUCCUCGACAUCGCCUCGCUCAUCCUGUACGGGUGCCAGGCGCUGCCCAUCCGCCUCAAGAUCCUCCUCGACCGCCUCUUCUCGGUCCUCACCCACGAGGACGUCCUCCAGGUGCUGCACGGCUUCGGCUGGACCUACGAGGACUACGCGCGGGGAUACAAGUUGCAGGACCGCCAGGGGAACGUGCUGCACAGCUGGCACAUGAUGAGCACCGACGAGGAGACGCUGGUGCUGCGUCAGUUCCUGCGCUUCGGCGAGACGCGCGCCAUCGCCCAGCAGCUCCUCCAGCACGAGGGGGCGUCGCCGCGCCCCGACCACACGCCCUCCAUCAGGGACUCGCACAGGGACACGCUCAGAGACUCUCACAGGGACUCCAUGAGGGACUCCCACAGGGACAGCCUGCGAGAUUCUCACAGGGACGUCCUGAGGGACACACACACUCUCAGAGACUCCCACAGGGACGCGUUCCGCGACUCCCACAGAGAGAUGCACCGCGACGCCCUUCAGCGCGAUGGCCACCGGGACGCGAGGGACAUGCGCGACAGGGACCUCCUGAGGGACUUCCGGGAGGACAUCCGGCGGGAGGAGAGCCGCAGGGACGAGCCCCCCCGCUCGCAGCACCAGCAGCCGCACCUGCACCCGGCGCAGCACCACCCCCACCAGCCGCAGCCGCAGUCGGAGAUGGGCAAGAGCAUCGACUCCGACCUGAAGAAGUUCCUGGAGCGGACCAACAUGCUGUUCAACCCGUUCAUGCGCGGCGACCCGAGCUCCCUCCUGCGGCCCCCGCCCCCGACGGGCCCCGCAGGCCUCCCGCCCGCGCCGCCGCCCCUGUCGGCCGCGUCGCUGGCGUCCAACCUCCUGGCGGCCGCCAACCCCUCCCUGGCCACCUCGCUGCUGGCCAACCCGCAGCUGGCGUCGUCGGCGCUGUCCAUGCUGCGCCUCCCGGUCCCGCCCGUCUCGCUCCCCAACCUCUCCCCCAACAACGGAUCUCUGCCCAACAGCUUCGGCUCCCCCACUAGUCCCAUGGACGGCUCCCCCCUCAACCGCCUGCAGAGCAUGCAGCCCUUCGACUUCCGCAAGGAGCCGCAGAGUCCGAGUCCCGCCUCGCGCCCCGAGCCCUCCUUCACGCACGGCGGCCGCGGCGGCGGCGUCACUAGCCCGGCCAGUAGCGGCGGCGGCGGCAGCGGCGGCGGCGGCGCGCCGGUGAGCGUGAGCAGCGGCAGCGUGACGCCCCUCGCUGCCACCGCCACCCACCAGCCCCCGCCGACGCCCGUGUCCGUCAACAGCGACCCCCCGACGGACUACACCAGCGAGGACGACGACAUCGCGAUCGCCGCCUCCACCACGGCCCUCAACCUCUCCACCACCUCCACCACGGUCGCUACCUCCGCCACCCCGACCACGUUACCCAUGCCCCCGAGGCCGCACUCCCCCGGGGGCGGACCCAGCACGCCGGGGAAGAGGUCGUGGAACCCCAUCAACCUCGGGACGUCGCUGAUCAACCCCGUGACGGGCAAGAAGCGCGUGCAGUGCAACGUCUGCCUCAAGACCUUCUGCGACAAGGGCGCUCUCAAGAUCCACUUCUCCGCCGUGCACCUGCGCGAGAUGCACAAGUGCACCGUCGAGGGCUGCAACAUGAUGUUCAGCUCGCGGCGCUCGAGGAACCGCCACUCGGCCAACCCGAACCCCAAGCUGCACACGCCGCACGUCCGCCGCAAGAUCUCCCCGCACGACGGCCGGACGUCCAGCGGCCACCCAGUCAUGAUGGCCCACGGGUUCCAGCCGCAGCAGUUCCAGCCGCCCGCUGGCUUCCCGCCCCUGAGCUCCUUCCCCGGCCAGUUCAGCGGAAUCAACCCGCUCACCGGCCUGCCCUUCAUCCCCCCCUCGGCGGCGGCCACGGAGGACCUCCACAAGCAGGCCCUGGAGCUGCAGCGACGCACGCUGGAGAUGCAGCACGCCAUGGGCAAGUCCUCCCUGGACCUGAGCAUGCGCGGCAGGGAGGACGGCAUGUGGAGGAGCGACUACGGCGGCUUCCACGGCUCCUCCGGCCAGAGCGAGGACGGCCCGAUGGACAGCAGUCUGGACGGCAAGAGGAAGGACGACGAGUUCGACGCCAACAACAGCCUCGACGGCGACAUGGACGACGACAGCAUGAGCGUCGACGCCCACAGCAUGAAGGGGGAGAACCCGUCGGCGUCGCCCUCCAACAACAAGCGGAAACGCAAGAGCCAAAACCCGACCAAGUUCGCCUUCAGAUUAGAGGACGACGACCUCAUAUCCACCGACGACGACGACGACGACGACAACGACGACGACCUGGACGACAUCGACGCGAAGGAUUCCGAGGAAGAUAAGAAUGAGGACAAGGAGCUCGACGCCAUGAGCGACGACGACGACGACGACGGGGCGCUGAAGGAGGGCUCCUCCACGCACUCCGACAAGGCAAAAAACGACAAGGACUCGGACGGGAGCAACCGCAAGGUCUCCUCCAGCAGCUACGACGAGGCCGUGGACACGUCGAACGCCCUGCGGCACCUGGAGGACCUGUCCAAGGGUCACUUCGCACACCUCACUGGCACGAUGCCCCCAAACGCAUCGGCGUCACUUGGCCUCCCGAUGGCGCCCUCGGGCAACGGCGUCACCUCUUCGAGUCCCAGGCCAAGUGACCGUGACAGCGAUAGGGACUCCAACCCCGGCUCGCCCUCGGAGGACUCGGACGGCGCCUUCCACUUCGGCGAGGGCGGCUUCCUCAGCAGCCUCGACAUCCCCAUGGACAAGGAGAACCCGCGGCGCUGCAUAGCGUGCGGGAAGAUUUUCCAGAACCACUUCGGCGUCAAGACGCACUACCAGAAUGUGCACCUGAAGCUCAUGCACAAGUGCACGGUGGAGGGCUGCAACGCCGCCUUCCCCUCCAAGCGUAGCCGCGACCGCCAUUCCUCCAACCUCAACCUGCACAGGAAGCUCCUCUCCACCUCGUCCGACGCGCCAGGCUUCCCCGGCAUGGGCUUCCCCGGCCUGCCGUUCAACCCCGCCCUCAACCCCGAGCUGCUGGCGCGCCUCUACUCCGACCCGGCCGGCCUCCCCCUCGGCCUGGACGCGCUCAAGGCCCACAUCCCCACCUCGCUCGCCGAGUCCUUGUUCAACGGUGACCGCGGCGGCAGCGGCGGCGGCAACGGAGGCGGCGGGGGCGUGAGCGGGGGCGGCGGCCUGCCCCCGGCCACCCACCCUCCCCCCCACUUCUUCCUUCCGAACCUCCUCCCGCACUUCGCCGCCAACAACAACCUCCCCGGCACCGAACGGAAAGACCGCUCCAGCACCCCGUCGCCGCAGUCCACCACCCCCACCACCACCGCCCCCACCGUCACGGGCCCCACCCCCGCCUCCGAGGCCCCCUCCUCCUCGCCGCCGCCCUCCGAGGUCGUCGCCGCGACCACCACCACCACCACGACCUCCGAGGCCCUGGAGCAGGACUGGGUGUACAACCUGGAGGACGACCUCCCGUCCCCCGACCGCGACGGGAACAUGCCCUGCAGGUUCUGCCACAAGGUCUUCGAGGACGGCGUGGGCCUCAAGAGUCACUACGAGGAGGUGCACGCCUCGGAGCUGUUCCGCUGCACGGUGGAAGGCUGCAACAAACUUUUCAGCGCUCGCCGGAAGCGCAACGCCCAUUCCCUCAACGAAGCCUACCACAAGGACCUGUUAGAGGGGGCGCCGACGAAGGACACGUGAUGACGACGCCCUUCCCAGUCGGGGUGACGGGCUCCCGAGGAGCUCGUCCUCCUCUGUAUAAAUGUAUAAAUGUGCCAAUGUUUCACGUCUUAUUUAUACGUAGUGGUGUUAGAGUGCCCAGUGUCGCCCGCGUGUACAUAGUAGUGGCUCCAGCUGCCAGGACUUCGGCUGCCUCAGUGUAGAGUAGUGGCUCAACCCUGGCUUGUGUAGUGCGCCGCGGAGAGGCCGGGAGGGACGGCGAGUGCCCGGGGGAACCAUGCUCGGGAGCGACCCUCAAGUGUGUCCCAGUGCCGGGAGUGCCACUGACUCUUUAGUGAACAGAAGCGUUAACGGCCCCCCCCCCUUGGGCACGACUAUUCCUUGGCAGUGAUACCAGUGACGCGUUUGCCGACGCUACCCUUGCGUGUCGAGGCCCGAGAGCAGGGGCCCGCGCGCCCGGCUGGGGCCAUGAGCCAACUUAUCGCUGGAGGACUUAGAGCUGCAUUAAUGUUCUCAGGAUUCUUUGUGAAUCGUUUUGCAUACCAAUCAUUGGUAUAAAGAGUCAGUGUUCAAUUUCCUUGUGUCUUGUAUUAACAUUUUUUUGGUUAUAGCUGCUGUAAAUGUCAGUUUUAUACUGUGACUCAGUCUGUCAUUUGUGUAAAUGGUGCUAUAUUUUAGUUGGCACAACCAUGUCUCCAUUUACGUACAACUUUGGUUAAUAAGUUAAUUUUGUGUGAUUGUAAAGUCGGCGUCUUCCACUAUCUUCAUUUAUGGCGUUUUUUCGAGCUGGCGAGGGAUCUCCGUUCCUGCAGGAGCCCGCGGGGCCUCUCGCCACGCUCCUGUAGGGACACCCCGCCCCCCGCGACAGGAGGCGGCGGAAGGCGCUCGCGAGGCGCCCUUCGUCUCACGGGAGAUACCUAGAGGGAGGGCGCCGCCGAAGGGAGCUCGACCUUUGCCCCCUUUAGGUGUUCACGGGCCUCCUCGCAAGGGCGCCCGCGGGGGCAGGCGCGGCCGCGGGGCGAAGCCAGGACUCUCGGAAGCCGCUGUUUCGACGAGAGGAGAGUUCCCUAGUCUAUUCCUCGACCUCCCGCGGGAGUCCGGGACGAUCUCCGACCUGAAGGUUUCCUUUGGCUCCCCCCCCCCUCCCGCGGCGUCCGCGUUGGGGCGACGUCGCGCAGGAGGGCGAGAGAGAGAGAGAGAGAGAGAGAGAGAGAGAGAGAGAGAGAGAGAGAGAGAGAGAGAGAGAGAGAGAGAGAGAGAGAGAGAGAGAGAGAGAGAGAGAGAGAGAUCCGUCUUCUAACCAGGGAGAAGGGAUGUCCCGCGCCCUCGGCCCGCCCUCCCCGCGUCCCUCUGCCCCUCGACCUUUGACCCUGACCUGUCGCUCUGGAAGAAUCGCUGAAGUUUCACGCCCUCUCGCCAGCCGCUUACCUUCGGCAUAAUUUUUUGGUUUAAUUUACUGUUCGGAUGGUCUCUUUCACCCUCUUUUUACACUAGCGAAGAGAUAGAGGUAUGACAAUCAACAGUGUGAAAUUGCCAAAGAGUUUUUUUUUAAUUAUUAAAAAAAAAAGAUAUGCCUUCUCUUCACUGAAGUGCAGAACAUUUGCGACAUUUCUCCAGUUCAAAAUUGGAGCGUUCGCGAAGAAAAAGGAAACAAACAAAAAAUAUUCUAAAAAAAAUGAUUUACAAAAAAAAAAAAUUAAAAAAAAACAAAAUAAAAAAUACCAUAAAUAAGCGCCUCUAAACGAGAUAUACGUGAGGUAGGUAAAUCUGUGUACUCUCUCUCUGUAGGGAUCUAGCCAAACCCUGGUAGCUGUGUAACCGGACAAGAUGCAGAAAAACUCCCUUCGUUUUUUCUUUGAAAAAAUAUCGUUAGUCCUUUUAGUCAUAAUAUAAGGUCUUCUGUUUUAUUUUUUAUGAAAGGGUAACAAUUCUUUCAUAGUGGAUAGACACCCGUAUAUCUAUGACAAUUCACGUACGCGCGAAAUAAAGAUAAAUUAUGUGAAUCAUGGAUGAUAUAAUAAAAAAAAAUAAUAGUAAUAAUAUAAAGAAACAUUUUUUUUUUUGAAGAAUGAUGAAUUUCUCGUGACGCCGAUGCUCACCACGGUCGGUUUCUACCAAGACGGUCGAAAUUCCCUGAGGAACUAACCUGAGUUUCGGCCAUCCUGAUAUCUGUGUCUGGUCCGGAGCCUCCUGCUCUUCCUCACUUUAUCUAAUGACCAGGGGGAACACAGUGCUACUACACACCCUUCACUUGUUACGCCAUUGUCAGAUCAGUGUCAAAGAGUGUUUCGUGAACCCUAAUUUCCCCCUAUACAUAUACGAAUAAAAAAAAUAUUGAGACUACUAAAUAAAGGGGGGAAAUAUACUUGAAAUAUAUAAAUAUAUAUAUAUACACGCCGCCCACAUCUGAAAUCCUAUUCAAAUGAGCGGAAUUCUGAAAAAAUAAAAUGAAGAAGAAAAAAAGAAAGAAAAUAUACAAAGAAUAAAUGAAUAAUAUAAUAAUAACAAUAAUAAUAAUAAUAAAAAACAUCCACAGAUACACAAUGACAAACAAAAGGUUCAUGAAAUACUCCCUUCCCCCCCUCUCCCCCCCAAGUUUGGAAAGUAGUUAAAGGUUUGUACACUAAGUAACAAGUGAGGGGAGCGGGUCAGCUGUUUCCCCUCCAGUCAUCACCACGUAAAAGGGCAGUCUGAGUGACCUGGUCAGUUCCUUGACCUGACCUGACCUGGGUCGCGGGAUUGCCUCAAUAUUGUAAUUAACUCAUUAUGAUAAUGACAAUUAAUAAAUUUGUUGUUACCGUCUCGUGCUGAUCUAGUUGUAAUUGUUAAUAAAAUAAAUAUGGUUAUAUGUG